UGUACAGGACGUGGGCUAAAGAAAGAGAAGUUAAUCCUGUUAUGAUUUGCAGAUGGGGGAUACCCUAAAAAGUAGAAUGGCGUACCGGUAAUAUAAUGCCAUAUUUGGGAUGCUUCCUACGUAAUAACUGGAAGUAGUUUAGUUGGCCACUUGUCAACAUGAUUAUAGCUAUAUAUAUAAAGAUGAUCGUUUUCACUCAAUAUUAAAUUGGAUCGUUCUAAGCACACAGGUUAGUGCUAAUCAGCGAGAAGCAACUCUUUAUUAUAUAGACGGUCACUAUCGUAAGAAAUUUCAUCAUGCUUUGCCAAACCAUUGUAGUUUUCUGCCUGAUGUUGGUCUCAGCCUUUAGUAUGCCAAUGAAACGUUGCAAAGGAAAAGCAGUAAAUAUUAUGCUUGUAAUGGAUUCUUCCAGUAGUAUUUGGAUAGAAGAUUAUAAAAAACAGCUACAAUUUGCCCGUGAUUUGGUCGACAAUUUCGAUAUCGGUCAAACCAACUCUCAUGUACGUGUUGGUGCUAUAACCUUUAGUCGUACGGCUCAUUUAGAUAUACCUUUGGGAAGAUAUGCGAGCAAAAAGAAAUUACAGAAUGCUAUUCUAAAAAUCCCUUAUAGAACCGGAGAAACUAACACGGCAGAUGCUCUGCAUCUCCUAAGAACGGAAAUUGAACCAAAGAUGAAAGUCUUCACAGCUCCAUUUAUGGUAAUAGUCAUCACAGAUGGGAAAUCACGUGAUAGCUGGUCUACUCGAUACGAAGCCAGUUUGCUUCAUAAACUCGGUGUACAUAUUUAUGCUAUUGGUGUCGGUUACUAUUAUGACUUAAAGGAGCUGAAGUCCAUCGCCAGUGAUCCUGUCAGAAAUAUCCAGUUAGUGUCAAGUUACUCAGCAUUGGAGAAUAUUGCAAAACAUUUUGGUGUAAAAACAUGUGAAGAUAUUACAACUCCGCCACCAACUACAACAACUACGACUCCGAAACCGACAACAACGCCUACGACUCCGAAACCGACAACAACUACGACUCCAAAACCAACAACGACUACUACUACUCCAAAACCAACAACGACUACUACUACUCCAAAACCAACAACGACUACUACUACUCCGAAACCAACGACUACUACACCAAAACCAACGACAACAAAAAUUCCACGUCUGCAAAGAGACGACCAGAGCGCUAUAUCUUUUGGAUAUGAUCUUUUAUCAAUGGGAGCCUAUCGAGCCAAUAUGGUCACGAGGUUCAUCAAUACCCUUCUUCCGCACACUGGUUAUGGCAACUUUGCAGUUGUUACCUAUGCCCAUUGUCCUACAAGCUUCAAUGUUCCUAUCACAUCAUUGUUAAAUAAAUCGGACGCAGAUAUAGGCCAUAGUAUCAAAUUAAAUGUUCCUGGAUUGGCAGAUGUUGUGCACCAGAUUGGAAACGAACUAUACAAAGAAAGUAAUAUCAACAAAACUAAAACUGCUGUUUUAUUUAUUGAUCCAAUGGUAUCAGUUAUAACACCUGGUGUAGUGAGUGAAACUGAAAAACUUAAACAGAAAGGGGCAAAAGUAUUUCUAAUAAGCGUCGGACGUAAAGAAUGGCAAAACAAACUACUUGUGCGCUCUUUGAGCAGUCAACCGUAUCAUAGGUAUACUUACAGUGCACCAAAUUACAACCGAUUAGUACAGAGAGCUGAAUAUCGACCUUUCCAAUACAGAAAAAUGUGUAAAGGCUAUAGGUUAUAGUCUUGUUUCGUAACGACUGCAGGAUCAGUCAAGAGAACUUCUUCCAUUUACAUUAUUUUAGUAAAUUAUUGCUUAUGUAAAUAUACAAUUUAUAUUUAAAACAUGAUUUCUUCAUCGGCACCUGCAUCUACAUCUUCAUAUACAUUUUUGUCAUCAUUCAUUCUUCUUAUAUUCCUUUUUAUGACAUUGUCUGACGAGUAUUGCAGAGAAACUAACUUCUUUCAGGAAAUGUAUUAAUUCUAAUUAACUGAAAUAAAUAAUUUUAGGUUGUUCUUUACGAAGACACCUAAUCUGUUGCUGGCAGCAGUUCUUUUCCAAGUCUUUUCGAGCCAUAAUGUAAAAAUGUAUACGAAUUUUGCUUCAUUAUGAAAGAUAGGUAAGUUAUCUGAAAUCUGAGUUCGCAACAUGUAUAAACGUCGAUUUUGAUACAAACAACGCAUAAUCUCAUUUGUCAUCCAUUAUAAAUAUCUGUACUUAUAUCUAUGUAAGAAAUUAUUAUAUAUAUUGAAAUAAAUUCUAUAUUUAUUAUUACAUAAUACA